AUGGGUUCAGGAGUGUUCCUGAGCGUCACCUUGGUCUUCCCCUCCCAGAGCCAGCGGUUCCUGCGGGUUGGCCUGGCGGUACCCAUCCUCAGCACAGUGGCUGCCCUGAGGAAGAUGGUUGCAGAGGAAGGCAACAUCCCAGCGGAUGAGGUGAUCUUGGCCGAACUGCAUCUCACCGGAUUCCAGCGGUCCUUCUUUGAUGAGGAGGACUUGAAUAUCAUCGCGGAUGGAGACAAUGUGUAUGCCUUCCACGCCCCGUCCUCACCUGGCCCGGGCCGGCUCUUGGAUCAUCCACCUGGCCUGCCCGUCUGCCCACGCCCCGCACCCCGGGAAGGUCAGCGAGAGGCCAAGGUGGUUAUCCUCUUCUGUAACUUGAACCUGGGAGAGCUGUUCUCCGUCAGGGUUGUGGGGUUCCCCCCGAACUGCAGCUACUUGUCCCCACAGGCCGGCCGGCCCCUGUGUCAGUGGACAGUUGACAGGGUGCUGCAACUUAAGAGGCCGGGCGGGCCCCCCCACAUCAAGCUGGCCGUGGAAUGGGAGCGCCAUGCUAAAGAGCGCUUCUUUGGGAGCCUCCAGGAGGAGCAGGUCCAGGAGGCAGAGAGCGUGCAGCGGCAGCAGCAGGUGCACCAGCAGUCCAGCUGCACCCUGGACGAGUGUUUUCAGUUCUACACCAAGGAGGAGCAGCUGACCCAGGACGAUGCCUGGAAGUGUCCCCACUGCCGAGUCCCCCAGCAGGGCACCGUGAAGCUGAGCCUGUGGACCCUGCCCGACAUCCUCAUCAUCCACCUCAAAAGGUUCUGCCAGGUCGGGGAGCGGAGAAACAAGCUCUCCACGCUGGUGACGUUCCCGCUGACCGGCCUCAACAUGGCGCCCCACGCGGCCCCCAGGAGCACCAGCCCCCAGCCCAGGCCAGGCCCCUGGCCUUCCUGGAAGCAGCCCGCCCGCCUGCCCAACGGCUACCCUCAGGACUUCCUGUACGACUUGUAUGCCGUCUGCAAUCACCACGGCAGCCUCCAGGGAGGGCAUUACACAGCCUACUGCCGGAACUCCCUGGAUGGCCAGUGGUACAGUUACGACGACAGCACAGUGGAGCCACUGCGGGAAGAGGAGGUCAGUACCCGCGGAGCCUACAUCCUGUUUUAUCAGAAGCGGAACAGCAUCCCGCUCUGGUCGGCCAGCAGCUCCGUGAGAGGUUCCACAAGCUCCUCCAUCUCCGACCACUGGCUCAUGAGACUUGGGAGCAACAAUGACAGCGCGGCAGGGAGCUUGCUGUCCUGGGCCUCUGCUCCCUGCCCCUCCCUGCCCCCCAUGCCCGACUCGCCCGUCUUCGCAAACAGCGUCUUCCACCAGGAGAAGGAGCUGCCGCCCAGGCCUCGGGUGUGCGGUAACCGAGGCAGAAGCAUCAGCGUGAAGGCACCCACCCCACCCCAAGUGCAGCAGGGGCCCUUCAAGACCAUGCCCCUCCGGUGGUCUUUCGGAUCCAGGGAGAAACCGCCUGGUGCAUCCAUGGAGUUGGUGGAGUACUUAGAGUCCAAACGGAGACCUCGGCCCACCAGCAGGUCCAUCGUGCCGCUGCUGACCGGCGCUGUGGGUGGGCAGGGGAGGCCAGCGGCGCCCCAUGCAAACCUGGCCCUGGGUGCGCAUGGUGACGACAGGGUGCGAGCCGGUGGGGGCGCCCAGGCCACAGUGCCCCAACCCAACCACUGUCCGCCCCCUGGGAACUCCGAUGGUCUGAACGCAGCAAGGAAAGUAAGAGAAGGUGCAAACCAGGAGAUCAGGCUGCCCAGGCAGUUUGACCUGCCCCUCCCCGUGACACCCUGCACGGAGAGCGAGAGGGAGUUGCGGCCCCGACCCGAGGGCCAGAGGACCCGGAACAGUAGGGUGAGUGGCCCCCAGGGCAGUAAUAGGACUACAUCCUCCCACGCCAUGGGGUUCCGUGGGAACAGCAAGGACAGUCACCACAUAGCGGCCCAGCCAGGGCCUGGCGUGGAGAAAAGGGACUCUGAUGGAUUUCAUCAAGGGACACUCACCCUCCUGAGGUCUGUGUUUUGGAAGAAAGAGAACAGGAGGAACGGCGAGGGGGCAGAGGUUUGCUCCAAGGCAUCCCCUGGUGCCCUGCUACAGGACAGGCUGGGCACAGCUUCGGGGGCACAGGCGCAAGCCCCGCCCCCUGCCCUGGGGGUCCCAGAGAGCUUGGCCAGGGCCCCCGCCAGCUCCUUGGAGAGGGACGUGCGCUCAGCACCCAGCUCCUUCCGCCUCCCUCGCAAAACCAGCAAGCACCCGACUGGCAGCACUUUUGGCUCUUUCCAGAGGCGUGUUCCUGGGGAGCAGACUUCCUACGGCAGCACCCUGCAAAGGGUGAAAUACCACACCUUCUCCUUGGGCCGGAAGAAGACGUUACCAGAAUCCAGCUUUUGAAAGUUGCUUUCCAGUAAGAGGUGGGGAGGCUUAAAAAAAAAAAAAAAAAAAUUGUGGAAACAUGGAAUUCUGAUCAUGGGAUUUCCCCCAUGAAUUUCAUUUUUGAUGGUAUAAAACUGGCUGGCAUUCCUGCAACUUUGCACAGAACAGCUUCCAUGGUCUGGACACAUCAGGGGGCAGUCUGGGUUGAGAGGGGGGCCUCUGUUGAGCCAGUGGGCAUGUGAGCCCACAUUUGGAGUGCCAACUCCUUUUGGAUGCCCCAUCGGCUGCUUUAUACUGUCGGGCCACUAGAGGGGGUGGUUGGGUAAGUAGUACCAUUUAAGAAUAAGCCUGAUUUUUAAAUGAUCCUGCUGGAUCAGGAAGUUGAGACUUCUAUUCUCGGAAAGAUUUACACUCCGGAAACCCACAGGGCAGUUCUACCCGGUCCUGUAGGAAGGACCCUAUGAGUCAGAAUUGACUCAAUCAAUGGAGAUGAGUUUUGAGAACUUGAGCUAUUCUAAAAAGUCAUUUGGAUUUGUGCAAACCUUUGAACAUAACUCUAUUAAUAUAACUGUAUUAUUUAUGUUAUGUGUUGUGAUUGACUACUUUUAAUUACAUAUGUAUGUGUAUAUAUACAUAUAUAUGGAGUAGCCUAUCUUUUUCAGUGUUUCUCUGCAAUAAAACAUUUAAGAGAUAAAUAAAGGUAACAGGAAUUUAAGUCAGAAUGCUUGGGGGGGGCUUGGAGAGAAAUGAUUGUGAUUUUAAGAGAAUAUUUAAUAUAUAACAAACUAUUAAAGAUUUUCAAGGUAUUUUUAAAGAGACAACUAUUUUGGUAGUCGGAGAAGAGAAACUUCUUUUUUUUUUUUAAUAAUAAAUGUG